CCCCUCUCAUUUCUUUCUCUCUUUUUUUUAAAACAUUUUAUUUUUUUUUUCUUUUUUAGUUUCUUUCUCUUCUUUUUUGGGGAUUAGGGUUAGGGUUUGUCGGGGGUCGGGUGGAGCUUGGAGCUAGGGUUUCGACUGCGCCCCCGAUUCAGCUGGCGCUGAAGCCAAAGAUUCUCAGGUGUUGAAAUCUUUGGGGUUUUGAGAGAGAUGGGGAAAUCUCCAGGUAAAUGGAUCAAGGCGGUGCUGUUUCGGAACAAGGGGGCUCGAUCUAACAGUGUGAAAGGGAGGAAUGCAUCGAAAUCUGGAAUUGACAGAGGAUAUGCUGUAUCUAAAGGGCCUCCUGCUUCUACUGAGAGUUCACCAGUGAUUUCUGAACCAGUGCUUGUCAGUACACACGAUAGUGGAGUGAACCGAGAAUUGGAGAAGGGAAAUUCUUCCAAUUUGGGUGCUGAUACAUCACCCAUUGUGCCAAUUAUUCAAGGCCCUGAGAACCAAGGUACUGCAGGUCAUGUUGAAUCAAAUAACCCAGAAAAACUCAGAGAAGAGCAUGCUGCAAUUAAGGCACAGGCCGUUUUCCGAGGUUUUCUGGCACGCAGAGCAUUUCAUGCACUAAAGGGCAUCAUAAAGCUCCAGGCGUUAGUUCGGGGCCAUUUGGUGAGGAGACAAGCGAUUGUGACGCUGCACUCCACGUUAGGGCUCAUAAAAUUUCAAGCACUUGUUCGUGGUCAAAAAGUCAGGUCUUCUGGUCUUGGUCUUGAAGUCAGUACUAAGUUUCUUCAAGGAAAAGCCGUGGUUUCUAAACACCUGGAUUCGAGAAACGACAAACUAUAUUCAAAUGUAUUUGUUUGCAAGCUUCUUUCUUCCUCAUUGGUCAUCAUGCCUCUUCAAAUUCUGUAUGAUCAAAGUGAACCCAAUUCAGUCUUUAGCUGGAUGGAGCGGUGGACAUUUUCCCACUUCUGGAAACCACCAUCUGAACCAAAAAAGACAGUGGAAUCAAAACCCCAACCAAGGAGAGGUGGUUAUGCUAUGGAGACUGAAUCAGGCAGAUCAAAGCGCAGUGUUCGGAGAAAUUCACCAGCAAAUAUGGACACUAUCUCAUCCAACCUCCCUAUUGAGCCUGAGAAGCUUAAAAGGAAUGUGAAGAAAGCCACAGCUUCUGCUGAUUCAGUGCAGGACCAUCCACAGUCUGAGCUCGAGAAGGUUAAGCGUAACUUAAGGAAGGUGUCUAGUUCCUAUGCAGAGACUAUUGAUAGGUCGCAGGUUGGAAUUGAUACAAAGAAAGAAGUUUCAUUGAUUCUAGAGCCUUCUGAUUCCGCACAAGAAGGAUUUGAUGAUUCUUCAGAGAAGACAAAGAAAGAAGUCGCAUUGACUCCUGAACCCGAGCCUGUAUUGGAAACUGCUUCAAAAUCUAUCACAACAGAGGGGCAAACUGAUCAAUUGGUUGAUGAUCCUUCUGCUCUUGAAUCGAAUCCAUUGCCCAGCAUUGAUAAGGAGGAAAAUAUUUCUGUGAUGAAUGGGGAGUUGAGUGUUAAAGAGGAAGACCAAGCUUACAGUGAAAACCAAAAUAAUAAUAAGAGGAGGGCCUCCUUCUCAGCGAAGUCAGAAUAUGCAGAAAAUGGUGUACAAAAUACUCCAAAAGUACCGAGCUAUAUGCAAGCAACUGAAUCUGCAAAGGCAAAACUAAGAGGGCAAAAUUCACCAAGACUUAGCUCCGAUUCAGCAGAAAAGAAUGGUAGCACCAGAAGACAUUCACUGCCAUCAUCCACAAAUGGAAAGGUGGCUUCUCAUUCUCCACGGACGCAGAAAAUACUGCUAGCAAGUGGCAAGGGGGGCAUUAGGAGUGACAGAUCUUUAUUGUCCUCUCGUGAUGGGAAUGAAAAACCAAUGGUAGAAUGGAGACGGUAAUCUUGCUCGGAAACAAUAUGCUCCUGCAGAAUGUUAAACUAAUGUGUUGGAUGGGUCUGCAUCUAUUUCUUCAUUUGUGUCUUCGUUUUGUGGUGUAAAGCUUUGUUGUAGUCCUUGAGCAGUCUGUUGAACGACUCUGUUGCCUUAAAUAUCUGUAUGUUUGGUGUGUUAUGUACAGCGGCUGCUUGCCGAGUUGAGUCUCAUUUAGUUGGUUUUGUGUAAACCUUGAGUGUUUUCUUAGAAUUUGUGCUGUAAUGAUAAUUAUUGCUGCUGCUGUUGUAAUCUUUAAAAAAAAGGGGGCCGUUUGCUUAUGUU